CGUACUUUCACUUUCAUUUACCGGUACGCAGGUUCGUUCAAAACGUUUGUCGCCUAAAAUCAAUGAAACGUUCGAUAUAUUGUAACAUUUGUGGUGUUUUUUUUUUCUUCUUGUGGCGUCUAAGUAUCAUAAACGGUGCUCAUACAAUGAUAACCAAUUGACAAACGCACAUAGAGCUGAUACUAAACCUUUUCCUCUUCAGCUUCUGUUUUUCAUCAUGUCUUGGUGUUUAUGCUGCACUACAUUUGCAGUUUUAUUCUGUGGUCUUUUUGUUGGCAGCCAUGCAAUGACUGUCAACACCGACACAAAUGCCUUGCCUUUUCCCUGGGAUAAGAUAAGAUUGCCAGAAACAGUGAAACCCCAGCACUAUGACCUCCUGGUGCACCCCAACUUGACCUCCCUGACCUUCACCGGAGUGGUCCAGAUUCUCAUAGAGCUAGAGCAGGACACCAGAGCCAUCAUCCUUCACAGCAAGAACCUGCAGAUCUCCAAAGCUCAGCUCUUGGGCCCCAGACAUCCUCAGCAUCUGCAAAUCAGUGAGUCUGAAGCCUAUGAACAGAUCGCACUCUUUUCUGAUGGCUUCACAUUUGAGAGAGGAAACCACGUGGUGCAUUUGGAGUUCUACGCCAACUUAUCAGACAGUUUUCACGGCUUUUAUAAAGGCAGAUAUACCACAAACAGCGGAGAGGUCAGGAUGAUGGCAUCCACUCAGUUUGAGCCGACGCAUGCUCGAGCUGCCUUCCCUUGUUUUGAUGAACCUGCAUUUAAAGCCAACUUUACCAUCCGUGUGCGCCGAGAAUCCAGGCAUAUUUCCAUAUCCAACAUGCCCAAGCUGAGAACUGUAGAAAUGGCUGACGGGCUGCUCGAGGAUCAGUUUGACACGACGGUGAAGAUGAGCACCUACCUGGUGGCCUUCAUCAUCUCCGAUUUACAGUCCAUCAGUAAAAAAAGCCAGCAUGGAGUCGAGAUAUCAGUGUAUACUGUUCCCGAGAAGAUCAGUCAGGCGGAAUAUGCUCUCAACACCGCCGUCACACUGCUGGACUUUUAUGAUGAUUAUUUUGACAUCCCAUAUCCACUUCCCAAACACGAUCUUGCAGCAAUCCCAGAUUUCCAGUCAGGUGCUAUGGAGAAUUGGGGCCUGUCGACUUACAGAGAGUCCGGUUUGCUCUUUGACCCUGAGAAAUCUUCUUCCUCGGACAAACUGGGAAUCACCAAAGUCAUUGCCCAUGAACUAGCCCAUCAGUGGUUUGGAAACCUGGUCACGAUGCAGUGGUGGAACGACCUGUGGUUAAACGAGGGCUUUGCCAAGUUCAUGGAGUAUGUGUCCGUCAGCAUCACCCACCCUGAGCUGCAAGUGGAUGAUUAUUUCCUGGAGAAGUGCUUCACUGCUAUGUCAGUGGACUCUUUAACCUCCUCACACCCCGUUUCCACUCCAGUGGAGAAUCCUGCGGAGAUCAGCGAGAUGUUCGAUGACGUUUCCUACCGGAAGGGUGCGUGUAUCCUGAACAUGCUGAGGGAUUUCCUGACGCCAGAGGCUUUCAAGUACGGUAUUAUACACUACCUGAAGACACACAGCUACCAGAACACAGUGAACGCUCACCUCUGGGAAAGUCUUACCAAUAUCUGCACUUCUGAUGAAUUGGAUUCAGGGAGACUAAAACUCGAUGGAUUCUGUUCCAAAAGCAGGGCUGAAUCUCCAGCCUCUCAGAAAUGGUUCAUGGAGGACAGUGUUGAUGUUCAAGCCAUUAUGGACACCUGGACGCUGCAGGAGGGCUUUCCUUUAAUCACUGUGGAGGUCAAAGGUCAAGAGGUCACCCUCAAACAGGAGCGCUUCCUUAGAGAAGCAAACUCUUCAAAUACAUCAAGCUUCUUGUGGCAGGUUCCUCUGACUUACAUCACCAGUCACAGUAGUGCAGUGCAGCGUUUCUUGCUGAAAAGUGAAAAAGAUGUGUUGUACCUGCCAGAGAAGGUGGACUGGAUUAAAUUUAAUGUGGACCUGCGGGGGUAUUAUAUUGUACAUUAUAAGUCAGGAGGCUGGGACGCUUUGAUCAACCAACUCCAGCAAAACCACAGUGUGUUCAGCAGCAACGACAGAGCCAGUCUGAUCCACGACAUCUUUCAGCUGGUCAGCAUUGAGAAAAUCCCACUGGACAAAGCUCUGAAUCUGAGUUUGUACCUCAGUAAAGAGUCGGAGAUCAUGCCGGUGACGCAGGGCUUUAAUGAGCUGGUGCCGCUUUACAAACUCAUGGAGAAGAGAAACAUGGAGGCACUGGAGAACCAGCUGAAGGGUCAUUUAGUGAAGUUAUUCAAGACGCUGAUUGACCGCCAGAGCUGGUCUGAUGGUGGGUCUGUGUCCGAGCGGAUGCUCAGGAACUAUCUGCUGUUGUUCGCCUGCGUCCGCCGUUACCCAUCCUGCAUCAGCACCGCCACUCGACUCUUCCAGCAGUGGAAGGAAUCCGAUGGCAAAAUGUGGCUGCCCACUGACGUCAGUUUGGUGGUCUACACUGAAGGGGCGCGUACAGACGAAGGCUGGGACUUCCUGUUGGAGAAAUACAAGCGAUCCGUCUCGCCAUCGGAGAAGUGGAUGAUUAAAGCCGCACUCUCGUACAGUCCAUUAGCUCACAAGCUUCAGUGGCUUUUGGAAAGAAGCAUUGAAGGAGAGAAGGUCAUCAACUCGCCUGGGACUUCUUGAAAACCAACUGGGGGAAACUUGUGAAAAAGUUUGAUCUCGGUUCGUCUGCGAUAUCUCGCAUGGCGGUCGGUGUGACCGAUCAGUAUUCCACCAGAGAAAUGCUCGAUGAGGUUCAGUCUUUCUUCGGGUCACUAGCGCAGGAUCAGGGCUCUGGGCUCCGCAGUGUUCAACAGGCCCUGCAGAAAAUCCAGCAGAACAUCCGCUGGAUGGACAGGAACGUCCCACUACUGAAAGCCUGGCUGGACAGAAACGGUCUGAUUGAGUCCUGACGAACUCUAGAGACACUUGAAAGUGUGUUUAACAGGGUGUGGAACUCAAGCCUGCACCUAGUUUCACCUUGGGUACGGCACUUUACAAGGGCCAUAACACUGGAGGAAACCAGCUCUGAUAUGAUCAUACAGAACAUGAACAUUUUGAAAUGGCUGCAACAAAAGAAGUGUCUAAAUAAGUUUUAAAAUAUCAAUGCUAAAUGUCAACUCAAUGAAACCAGCGAUGCACCGAAAUUAGUUUUUACUGAAACACAAAAAACGAAAAUGAAGUGUUCGUUUGGUCAAGAAAAAAACUAAACCAAAACAAAUUUUAUUUAAUAAUCAAGGCAGUUUUAUAUCUGCAUUUUAAUGAUAUGUUUUGAUUCCAAUUUGUUGUUGUAAUAUAAA